GAUGGCAUCAGAAACUAAACAAAUCAGCAUGGCGGCGAGCGCCAUCGCCCUCCGAGGAGUUCGCUUAUUCCUCAGCGCGAGCCGGGCGGCGGCGGCGCGCAGGCCUGCGCCCCCGCCCGUGGCGAAGCCCCCGCGCAAGAAGCCUGUGCUGCCGGCUAACAAGCUCCCCCAGAAAACCCUCGAGCAACUGCUGAAGACUUCUAAGUUCAACAAGAAUGAGCUGGAGGCUCUAUACACGAUGUACCGCAAGCUGGUCGCCGCUGCUCAAGCAGCUGCCCCCGCCCCAGUCAUCGGACAACCACCGCUCAAGAUUGAGGGCAUAGACCAGAACACCUUCAGAGACGUGAUGCACAAUACCUUCGACCUGGUGACAGAGGAGACCAUAGUAGACCGGGUGUGGACAACGUGGGAGCGCGGUGCGGCGGGGGGCGAAGGGGCGCUGAAGUUUGACUCCUGGGUGAAGGGGCUGAGUGUGCUGCUGAGAGGGACAGAAGACGAGAGGAGAAACCACUGCUUCGCCGUGUACGACUUGAACGCUGACGGAUACAUCACGCGCGAUGAGAUGUUUUUGUUGCUCAAAAAUUCCCUCCUGAAGCAGCCCGGAGACGAGGACCCUGAUGAGGGAGUGAGAGACCUGGUGGAGCUGGUGCUGAGGAAACUGGACGUGGAUAAGGACGGCAAAGUGUCGCCUGAGGAUUAUAAGGCAGCAGUGGAACAAGAGCCGUUACUUCUAGAAGCAUUCGGACAAUGUCUACCAUCACGACGCCAUGCUACCGCCUUCCUGAAGACCUUGAGUACAAAGCAGUAGAGUUUAGUUUACAAUAAACUAGAGUAUGUAUAAGUAUGAAAAUGAAUGUAAAUAGAAGAUAAUUGUUUAAGAAAAAACAGUGGUUGUAGAUA